GGAUCGUUGGAUCACAUCCAAAUUCACUUUGGACCAUCACCAUGGAAUCAUGAUUUGUUUCCAUUUUUUUUUUUUAUCUCUACUAAAUUUUUUGAAAAAUCAAAAGGCCAUCCAUCCGAAAAGCCCUUUGCUGAAGACCCGCUUCUCUCACUCGGGCAUCAAAAAGCCCUUGGCUGAAGCUGCCCUCCGGACGAGAGAAUCGGCCCCAAUUUCCUCUUUCACUCUCAGUCCUCGCAGAAUCUCUUGUACUUGUAAGUAAGCAUCGAUCAUUCUUUCUCCAGACGCCGCUUUUCGUCGAUCUCUGAGUCCAAGCUUUGAAGGCCUCUUCCUUUCAGUUGUUGUGAGGCUUGUAUUGGACUCCUUUGAAACAUCCAAGCAAGUUAAUCAACCUGCCUUGAGUAAUUUUAGGAAAGCAGUUGAGCUGAAGAAGAGUAGAGGAGAAAAUGCCUUUUUAUGAUUGUAUGCUUCUGUUGAAGCCACAUGUUAACAAGGAAAGUUUGAUGGACUUAGUUGCCCGAGUCGGAAAACAUGUGUACAGAAGGAAUGGUGUUCUUACUGAUAUAAAGUCAUUUGGGAUUGUUCGAUUGGGCUAUGGUAUUAAGAAGCUAGAUGGGAGAUAUUAUCAGGGCCAACUGAUGCAGAUGAGCAUGAUGGCUACACCCAACUUCAACAAGGAGCUGCAUUACCUGAACAAAGAAGACCGGUUGCUACGGUGGCUUCUGGUUAAACACCGAAACACCAAAUACGGGCUGGAAUUUCUGAAUGAAGAUGAUGUUAGAAGUGAGCUGAGCAAGUUCCCACGAAGCACCUUAUUCGACGAUGAGAACAUUGAUGAGGAUGACGAUGACGAUGAUGAAGAAUAUGAAGUGAACCAAGAUGAGGGUCACAAUGAUGAAGAAUAUGAAGUCAACCAAGAUAAGGAGGAAAAGUGAAGGAUAAUGAAAUCUUGUAGUCAUGUUUAUAUGAUUAUGAGGGCUGAUUAUGUGGGCAUUUUGUUAGCAUGCCCUUCUUAGGGAUUUCUGUACUAGUUUAAGAGUUCUAGCAUUGUGUUUUUGGUAGAUUGUGUUUAUUGAUUUACUAGAUUGUGAGUUUUGGCCUGAUUCUGGUGAUGGACAGAUGCUUAAUAAUCCUUUUUGGCAAUUGACUAAAGCCAUUGAAUCUCA